AUGAAGUCAUUCGUUAAUUCAUUCGUUCACCUUGCCCUCUGGGCAACUGCGCUCGCUACACCUUUGGUGCCCGUCUCGGUUUCACCUCAUCACCAUUCCAAAUCGCUCUCUUCUCGCGAUUCUCAGUCGCUUUCUUCUCGUGAUCCCAACUCGCUCUCCCCUCGUGCGGACUGCGAGAACGGUCCCGACUCGAGAAACUGCUGGGGACAAUACUCGAUUGACACCGACUUUUACAAAGUCUAUCCUGACACUGGAGUCACCCGGGAGUACUGGCUCACCCUCGAGGAGAAGGAUGACUGCAACUAUGAUGGCUACACUCGCUACUGCCAGACCAUCAACGGCACCUCCCCUGGCCCCCUGAUCUGGGCCGACUGGGGUGACCACGUCGUCAUCCAUGUGACCAAUAACAUGCAGACCAACGGCACGGCCAUUCACUGGCACGGUAUUCAACAGCGCAACAGCGUUGAGUACGAUGGUGUGCCUGGAGUUACCCAGUGCCCCAUCGCCCCUGGCAAGACCCUCACUUACAAGUGGCACGCCACCCAGUACGGAAGCAGCUGGUACCACUCGCACUUUACCCUGCAAUCCGCCAAUGGCGCUAUCGGCCCCUUGCUCAUCAAUGGUCCCGCUACUGCAAACUAUGACAUCGACAUGGGUGUCCUCAUCCUGCAGGACCUCCUUCACGAGAGUGCCUUUGUUGGCUGGGCGAAUUCUGCUAGCGGCGGUAUUCCUCCCGGUCCUGCAAACGCCCUGAUCAACGGCACCAACACCUUUGACUGCACCGGCAGCUCGGACGCCAACUGUGUCGGUGGCGGCAAGAAGUAUGAGAUGGUCUUUACCCCCGGCAAGAAGCACCUGAUCCGCCUCGUCAACACCGCUGCCGACGCCCACAUGGAGUUCUCCAUCGACGGCCACAAUCUCACCGUCAUUGCUGCAGACUUCGUACCCAUUGUGCCCUACACUACCAAGUCUGUGAAGAUCUCCAUUGCUCAGCGCUACGACAUCAUCGUCGAGGCCAACGCCACCCCGGACAACUACUGGCUCCGCUCCGGUAUCGACUGCUCGCCCGCCAGCGACGGUGACUCCCUGCGCGGAAACGCAACCGCCAUCGUCCGCUACGAUGCCAACAGCACUGCCGACCCGACUUCAGUCAUUGACGUAACGCACAGUGGAGCAUGCGACGACGAGGCUCUGUCCGACCUCGUUCCUCACCUGUCCCUCGACGUCGGCUCCAUCACCGGCAACAGCACCCAGACCCUUGGAUUCAGCCCCACUGGCGACAGCCUGGGCCACAACUGGUUCCAGUGGACUCUUAACAGCAGCUCUCUUGUUCUCAACUGGAGCGAGCCCGUCCUGAAGAAGUCCCUUGAGAACACCCCCAUCUUCCCUACCCCGUACAACAUCGUCAGGGCUGAUAAGUCGUCUUCCGUCGGAAACAUUACCCAGUGGUUCGGCCUCAUCAUUGACGGCAGCUCCCUGGCCAUCCAACUCGACCACCCCAUCCACGUGCACGGCCACGACUUCUGGAUCCUCUCGCAGGACACCACUGCCUUCUCCAACACGACGGUCCUCAACCACAACAACCCGAUCCGUCGCGACACGGCCAUCCUCCCGGCCGGCGGUCACCUUGCCCUCGCCUUUGAGCUCGACAACCCGGGCUCCUGGAUCGUCCACUGCCACAUCGCCUGGCACGCGUCGCAGGGUCUGUCUCUCAACAUUGUCGAGAGCGAGGACUCCAUCUCCGUCGCUACUGCCGACCACACUAUCUUCGACCAGACCUGCACCGACUGGGACGCCUUCGAGGCCAGCAUGCCCUUCGCCCAGGAGGACUCUGGUAUCUAA